ACAGGAAGCUUUUCUUUGUUGUUGGAAGAGAAAGCAAGAUGUCUACCCUGGACGUAGAGGAUUUUAUUCAGCAGAACCGGGCUGUGGCGGACCAGGUGGAGACGUUUCGAGGCUACUGGGAGAGCGAGAAGCACUGGCUGGUCCGGAGGGAGUUCAUCCUCCGGAACAUGAACGAGUACGACCUCGAGCAGCUGGACCAACUGCUCGCUCUGUCCAUGGUGUGGGCCAACAACGUCUUCCUCGGCUGCAGGUAUAGCACAGAGCUCCUGGAGAAAGUGAAGGAAAUGGCUGAAGGCAUCGUGGUGGAGGACGCACCAGUGUUCAAGACAAGAGAUGAAAUUAUGAAGAAGCAACAGGGUCGAUGACCAGCUCAUCAUCAUCAUCUCUUCUCAUUAUGCCAGCAGAAAUCUGAUGUCAUACAGACUGUAACACAUCGGACCACAUGUCAAUAAUGGUUUAGAUACAGAUAUUGAUGUUUGGUAUUCUCAUCAACUGCUAGUUUUACUUUUUUAUAUAUCAUACUUUUUUUUUAGUGCUGUUUUUAUAUCUAUUCAGAUGCAGAACGGCACUGGAUUUUGUCCUCGUGUCUCUCUUCUGGAACAGAAUAAAUAACUUGUUUUCUUCCUA